AUGGAUACAGAGGCGGAAAGUUUAUUUGGCGAAGAGGAGAAGAGCUCAAUGGGUGGUGGUAGACAGGGGGAGAAAAAUGGGAGUGGAGGUGGAGGUGGAGGUGGAGGUGGAGGUGGAGGUGGAGGUGGAGGUGGUGGUGGUGGUGGUGGUGGUGGCUUUAAUGGUGGUGGUGGGAUGUAUACGGGGAGUUGCAUACAUUGA